GAGAGUGGGAGUUGCUCUUGACCACAUUUCCCAGACAGAGCAGUGAGGUUUGUGUCUAACUAUGGCGGAGUCGAUGUUUCUGCUGUGGGGCUCCGGAUCCACUCCUAGCUGGCGCAUCAUGAUCACCCUGGAGGAGAAGAAACUACAGGGAUACAAACAAAAACUGCUGUCUUUUGAGAAAGAGGAGCAUAAAUCUAAAGAGGUUUUGGAAAUCAACCCCAGAGGACAGCUUCCUGCCUUCAAACAUGGAGACAACAUAAUCAAUGAGUCUUUUGGAGCUUGUUUAUACCUGGAGAAUCAGUUCAAGUCUCAGGGCAACAAGCUGAUCCCUGACAACCCUACAGAGCAAGCUCUGAUGUAUCAACGUAUGAUGGAGGGUCUCAGUCUAUAUGAGAAACUGAAACUGGUUGCCUUCUACGACUUCUUCGUCCCUGAAGGAGAGCGCCAUGACUCUGCUCUGAAGAGAAACAAGGACAAUCUGGUCACUGAGCUUCAACUCUGGGAGCGCUACCUGGAGAACGUGGCUGCAGACCGCUACCUAGCAGGAGGAUUCUCCUUGGCCGAUGUUGUUGUCUUUCCAAGCCUUGCUUGCGCCUUCGCUUAUGGGCUGUCUGCAGAGAGAUACCCUAAAGUGGCCAAAUACUACAACCUUCUGAAGGACAGACCCAGUAUCAAAGCUACUUGGCCCCCAAAGUGGUUCCUAAUUGAACAAAAAUCUGAAAGCCUGAAGGACAUCUGAAGACAGCUGAAAAUUGAAAUCAGAUGUUCAGAAAAUGUGACUAAUCACAGUUCAUUUAUUAAUAACUGAAUUGACAUCAUGUUUUGUAUGACUUGGCUACCCCUCAAUAAAUAAAUGUUUUUUUCCAACAGUUUA